AUGUCAUCAGGUCAAGGAAGUAGCUCAGCAUCUGCUCCUGAGAGCGCAAUAAAAGGCGAAACAAGUGGAACUGGUUUAGGUCCAGGUGGUCAAUAUCAUAGGAGAUCAUCAGGACACAGUUUCCGUGUAGAUAAUGCACCUGGGAGUGAAACAAAAGGUGGUAGUGGUGCUGGUGAAAGUGGUUCAUCGGGUUGCAAUCAACAAAAACAUUGA